AAAGCGUCGCCCAGCGGUCUAGUACGAACGUAUACCGAACGCUUUGUGUUCUUCCUGUUCUUUGGGUUCCACCUCCGUUACCGUAUAGACGACGUAUAUCUGAAGAGAAGAGAUACGAGUGGUGUGUGUGUGCGUUGAUCUCGUCUCUUUUUGGUUCCGGCAGAAGGCAGCUGAAGAAAUCCAUGAAACGAUAUCCAACAUAACGAAACGGAACGGAACGGGCCAAAAGAAAUUACAAGCCAAGUGCGCUUGAGUUCGUGUAUUUCCGGUUGAACAAACACAUAAGCGAAACAUAAAAGAAAGGCGAACGAAAAUUAUAAAAAUACUCGUAAUAAGUCAGAGCAGAGCAGCACAUGCGAGACGAACACGGCCAGAACCAGGACGAGCCGUAACGCAACCAGAAGGAGCAGAGCAGCCAGAGCAGAGCCAUCAGCAUAAGGCAAAGGCCACAAGGAAAAGCUCGAAAAGUGAAAAUACAUAGAGAGUCGGCAACUAGCAACCAGCAGCCAGCACCCAGCAGCGAGCAUAUUUCAUAAGUUUACAGGAGCAACACUCGCACUUAUAUAUAUAUAAAACGAUAUAUAUACAUAGAAGUACAUAAGUAUAUAUAUAUUUAAGAAAGCCGGGAGCGAGCCAAGAGAAAGCAACCCAUAGAACUAGCCAAAGCAAGAGCCAGUGCCACAGUCAUUGCAUAUGUGAGACGGUGGCGACAAAGGCGAACCCACGACCUUUGGCACACAGUUCAGGCAACUGCAGGGAGAGGUCAGCGAAUCAAUUGAGGAGUCGAGAAACAGCGCGCAAAAGCCCUAAGGCCGCCUGGAUAUAGAACACCCGUAGAAAGCGACCAAAAUUCACUCGCAAAUUAUGCUGACCAUGUCCACUCUGAUGAUGCCAGCACCGACUAUAGCUAUGGGUGCACCGCAGAUCACAAUGGGCCCCCACAAGCCGCCGGAAACGAAGCUCCUGGCCAUCCAUCCAGCAGCAGCUGCUGCCGCAGCCGCCCAGCAGCAACAGCAGCAGCAAACGGUGACAGCUGCUCAUCUGCAGCACAAUGGCCAGCAGCAACAUUCCCAACAGCAGCAGCAGCAAAUGUCGCAACAACAGUCGGCACUGCAGCAACAGCAGCAGCAUCAGCAGAUGGUUGGCAGCAACUCCAAGCCAGAGCAGUUUCACAUUUUUGUGGGCGACUUGAGCGCCGAAAUUGAGACACAACAAUUGAAAGACGCAUUCACCCCAUUCGGAGAAAUAUCAGACUGCAGAGUGGUGCGUGAUCCGCAGACGUUGAAAUCAAAGGGAUAUGGCUUUGUCAGCUUUGUCAAGAAAUCGGAAGCGGAAACCGCCAUCACUGCCAUGAAUGGGCAGUGGUUGGGCUCGCGCUCGAUACGCACAAAUUGGGCCACACGAAAGCCGCCGGCAACCAAGGCAGACAUGAACGCCAAGCCGCUGACCUUCGACGAGGUGUACAACCAGAGCAGCCCCACCAAUUGCACUGUCUACUGUGGCGGCAUCAACGGCGCCCUCUCCGGCUUCCUCAACGAGGAUAUACUGCAGAAGACUUUCUCGCCCUAUGGCACAAUACAGGAGAUACGCGUCUUCAAGGACAAAGGAUAUGCAUUUGUUCGCUUUUCCACCAAGGAGGCGGCCACCCAUGCCAUUGUGGCCGUCAACAACACGGAAAUCAACCAGCAGCCGGUGAAGUGUGCGUGGGGCAAGGAGAGCGGCGAUCCCAACCAUAUGUCGGCCAUUGCCGGCCAGGCCCUGGCCCAGGGCUUUCCAUUUGGCUCCGCCGCGGCUGCAGCAGCUGCAGCGGCUGCCUACGGGCAGCAGGUGGCCGGCUACUGGUAUCCACCGGCACCCACAUAUCCCACUGCGGCCCCGGCCAGCGCCCUGCAGCCGGGCCAGUUCCUGCAGGGCAUGCAGGGCUUCACCUACGGUCAAUUCGCCGGCUAUCAGCAGGCCGGAUACAUGGGAAUGGGCGUGCAGCUCCCGGGAACCUGGCAGAGUGUCCCAGCACAGCCGCAAUUGGCGGGUGCCGCUGCAGGCACGGCACCGCAGAUCCCCCAGAGCGUGGGCAAUGGGCUGCCACAGGCUACCGGAGUGGUGGCCUAUCCCAUGCAACAGUUUCAGGUCAGUCCGCAGCUUGCGGAGGACGAGUGGCUGGCGCCUAGUUUGCUCGUGUAGCUGCCAUGAGGCGUGGCCAUGUAUCCCACACAACAGCAACAACAGCAACAACAACAGCAGCAGCAGCAGCAACAGCAAC